CGGCGGAAGGACUCGGCAGGAGGGGAGGGUGUGAGGCGGCCGCGGAUAGAGCCCCCGCCCAGACAGGGCGGGGGAGGGGCGAGCACGGGCGGCCCGCCCCGGCCCGGCACCGCUCGGCGCAGGCUCCGCCGGGACGCACCGCUCCCGCCUCGCAGCAGCCUUAGCUGGGCCGGAACCGGGCCGGGAGGAGUGGAACGGCGGCAGGAACGGGCCGCGUCUCCAGCGCUCGCCGCGGAACUUUGCUUCGAACCGGCCCGGGACUCUCCGGCUCCGCGGCUGACCGGACCGAGCACUCCCCGGGCCUUACCAGCGGACUGGGCCGCCGCGCCCAGCUCUAGCUCGGGCCGAAGCGGGACAGGCGGAGCGGUGGGGCAUGGACCUGCGGGCCUAAAGGCGGCAGCGGCCGGUGGGGCGGCCGCCCUUCCCGACCCCCCUGUGGGCGAGCCGGCGGGCGGGGGGUCGGGGCGGGCCGGCAACGGGACAUGGGCCCCUGCGCUGCGGCCCUUAGGACACCGGCAGCUGGCGGGACGAGCCGCCCGCCCCCCGCGGGCCAGAGGCUGUAAACAGCGGCGGGGAGGGGGGACCCCGCGCCCGGCGGGCACCCCCUCCUGCCGAGAGCGAGCCGGGAAGGUGAGCGUGCGGGCCCGGCGAGCCCCCGAGCAGCCGGCCCCGAGCUUUCCCUGCUGUCCUGCCGCCUUCGCGGACGCUGCGAGGUCCCCUCCGUUCUGGAACUCUGAAGCGGUGAGAAGCGCUUGCCUGGGAAGAUUUUUCUUUCUCGGUUACUUUCCCCCUCUUCCUCGGGACUAAGGGAGCAGCGAGGGGAGCAGCUUGUUUUUGCGUUGUUGGAGUUUUCCUUGAACAUCCUCCACACCCCACUUCCGUGGUCUGGAUAUUCCGAGUGACUGCAAGAAGUUUUGGAGUUGCUUUGUUUCGUUGUUACCUUCCCCCCCACCCCUUUCUUUCUUUUUGCUUUUUCUUUUUGCUUGUUGGUGUUUUUUUUUCUGCCCUUGAACUGAAUUUGUCUUCUGUGCAUGCCUCUUCUGGAGCAAGGCUGGAUCCUGAACCUCAGUGAGGGGCAAAGCCUCGUUAAUAUUCCCGCAGUAGUAGUAAAAUGUAAAUUGGAUAAUACGACUUCUUGCCAAAGGCUCCAAUGAGUGGCACACAGUCUACAAUCACGGACAGGUUUCCUCUCAAAAAACCUACAAGACACGGCAGCAUUCUGAGCAGAGAGUCUCCAGCUGACAAGAAGCAGAAGGUUGAACGCUGCAGUAGCACGCACGACUUUGAUCCAACAGAUAGCUCCUCCAAGAAGACAAAGUCUAGCUCGGAGGAGAGUAGAUCCGAGACGUAUGGUCUUGUUCAGCGGUGUGUCGUUAUCCAGCGGGAUGAGAACGGAUUUGGGCUGACAGUCAGCGGAGACAAUCCAGUCUUCGUGCAGUCCGUCAAGGAAGAUGGAGCAGCCAUGCGGGCUGGAGUGCAAACAGGUGAUAGAAUUAUCAAGGUGAAUGGCACUCUGGUAACACACUCAAACCAUUUGGAGGUGGUAAAGCUGAUCAAGUCGGGCUCCUAUGUAGCUCUCACUGUUCAGGGGCGCCCACCAGGGUCGCCCCAGAUUCCAUUAGUUGAUUCUGAAGUGGAUCUGGCAGCAUUUGGGCAUAUGUCUCCCAUCAUGACAUCUCCCCAUUCUCCUGGCACAGCAGGAAAUGCAGAGAGGAUCACUAGCCCAGUGCUUGUGGGGGAGGAAAAUAAUAUUGUCCAUAACCAAAAGGUGGAGAUUCUGAGGAAGAUGCUACAGAAAGAGCAGGAGCGGCUGCAGUCUCUGCAGGAAGAGUACAGCCGCUCACAUACCACAAGGCUGCUCAAGGAGAUACAGGAAACAAAGAAACACAUUCCUCAGCUGCAGGAGCAGCUGUCCAAAGCCACAGGCUCUGCUCAGGAUGGAGUCUUGUCCUCCAGAUCUGUUACGGAAUCGCUGCAGAUCAGCGAGGUGGAGGCAGAGAGUGGAGACUGUGUGAGCAAACUGGAUUACAGUGGUGACAGCCCUUCCAGACCAAGCAGUGACAUUGCUGAUAGUCCUCGCAGUGGCUUGAAGGAGCAGAUUUAUCCAGAUGAGAGCCCAGAAAAGGCUGAGGUUCAAGAUACUGAUUGCCAGACCAGUGUUGGAAGUCCUUUAUCCCGAGUGGGGCCUCAGAUCAUUGGAGCAGAGGAUGAUGACUUUGACACUGAACAUGAGCAGAUUAAUGGACAGUGCAGCUGUUUCCAAAACAUUGAGCUCCUCAAGUCUCGGCCAGCUCACCUGGCUGUUCUUCUGCAUCAUGUGGUGUCCCAGUUUGACCCUGCAGCAUUGUUGUGCUACCUUUACACAGACUUGUACAAGCAAACCAACUCCAAAGAGACUCGACGUGUCUUCCUUGAGUUCCACCAGUUCUUCUUGGACCGAGCUGCAAAUCUUAAAGUUCCAGUUCCAGAAGAAAUCUCCUUAGAACUAGACAGAAGAAGACCAGAACUCCUUCCUGAAGAGCUUCACCGGCAGUUCAUACAGACCAUGCAGGAUAAAGUCUGCCCAGAAGUUCAGAGGAAUCUGGAAGAUUUCAGGCAGAAACGGAGCAUGGGAUUGACCCUGGCAGAAGGAGAGCUGAGCAGGCUGGAUGCAGAGCGUGUCCGUGACAGGAAUGCAGUGGAGAAGGAAAGAGCAUGUGCAGAACAGAUCAUUGCUAAAAUUGAGGAAGUCUUGAUGACAUCUCAGCCUUUGGAAGAAGACAGGAGUUCCACAAUGCAAUAUGUGAUCCUUACUUACAUGAAGCACCUGGGAGUCAAAGUGAAGGAGCCUCGGAACCUGGAGCAGAAGCGUGGCCGGAUUGGUUUCUUGCCAAAGAUCAAGCAAAGCAUCAAGAAGGAGAAAGAAGGAGAGGAAAAAGGAAAGAGGAGAGGCUUUCCUAAUAUUCUGGGCCCACCAAGGAGACCAAGUCGACAUGAUAGCAGUGCAAUUGGCAGGGCCAUGGAGAUGCAGAAGCCUCGCCACCCAAAGCACUUAACCACAGCAGCUUCUGUUAGCCCAGAGCCACCAGAGCCGGGCAAAAUGCGCCAGAGUGGCUCCUCCAGUGAUGGAACAGAUGCACCAUACCCACCAGCCAACCCAAUGUCUCCUUUGGCAGUGGGUCCCUUUUCUUCUCCAGAGGGAAGCAAGGACAGUGAAGCAGGUUUGAAGCAGACUGGAGAAGCUCCACCCGCAAGUGACUCUAUGGACGGCACACCCCGCACACCUAAUAACACCUUUGAAUUCCCAUCUCCCUUGGAGAACUUGCAGGAGGAGGAGGGAGAAUCAGAGAGAAUGGUUGACAUGGGAACACCAAAGCCUUUUCGCAAGAUGGACAGCGUUGGGUUCGCAGAUGUGCAAAGUGAAGAUGAGCUCUGUGAUUUUGACAUGGACAUGGACCCUCCCAACUGGCAGCAACUUGUGAGCAGAGAAGUCUUGAUGGGGCUCAAACCCUAUGAAAUCAAGCGCCAGGAAGUCAUUAAUGAGCUCUUUUACACCGAGAGAGCUCACGUCCGCACGCUGAAGGUUCUGCACAAUGUCUUCUACCAGCGUGUCACCAGGGAGGGCAUUCUCAACUCCAGUGACAAGAGGAAAAUCUUCUCCAAUCUGGAGGAUAUCCUUGGGCUUCAUGUUGCAUUAAAUGAUCAGAUGAAAGCUGUCCGGAAAAGGAACGAGACCUCUGUUAUUGAUGAGAUUGGGGAAGACUUGCUCUCCUGGUUUAGUGGACCAGCAGAGGAGAAGCUGAAACAUGCAACUGCCACUUUCUGCAGUAACCAGCCCUUUGCUCUAGAGGUCAUCAAGUCACGGCAGAAGAAGGAUUCUCGCUUCCAGACCUUCGUGCAGGAUGCUGAGAGCAAUCCCCUGUGCCGCCGGUUGCAGCUGAAGGAUAUCAUUCCCAAAGAGAUGCAGAGGUUGACUAAGUACCCCCUGCUGCUGGAUAACAUUGCUAAGUACACAGAACUUCCUGAAGAGAAAGAAAAAGUGAAGAAAGCAGCAGAUCACUGUCGUCAGAUCCUUAACCACGUGAACCAGGCUGUCAAAGAGUCUGAGAACAAGCAGCAUUUAGAGGAUUAUCAGCGUCGUCUUGACCUGUCCUACUUGAAGCAGUCUGAGGAUCCCAUGAUGGAUGAGUUCAGGAACUUGGACCUAACAAAGAGAAAAAUGCUUCAUGAAGGACCUCUCACUUGGAAGGUUAAUCGUGACAAAACUAUUGAUCUCUAUACUCUGCUUCUGGAGGACAUUCUGGUGCUGUUGCAGAAACAAGAUGAUAAACUGGUCCUGAAGUGUCACAGCAAAAUCUUGGCAUCAACAGCUGACAGCAAACACACCUUCAGCCCCAUCAUCAAACUCAACACAGUUCUGGUUCGUCAGGUGGCAACAGAUAACAAAGCUUUCUUCGUCAUCUCCAUGUCAGAAAAUGGAGCUCACAUUUAUGAACUGGUGGCACAGACUGUUUCAGAAAAGAAUGUAUGGCAGGACCUUAUAGCUCAGAUGGCAGGGACUGUAAAAAUGGGGAGCAGCAGAAGAGUGAUUCCAUUACCACAGUCAGGACCUGGCGAAGAAGAACGUGAGGAAGAGGAGCAACAGAAGCUCAAGGAGCAGCACGACAUUCCUGCCAGUGGCCUACAAAGUCCAGAUAAAGAUCUGGGCCUGGAAUCUCCCUUAAUACUGAACGCUCAGUCCUCUUCACCCAUCAUGUCUGAGAAGUCCAAGGUAGAAAGUCUUCUAGUGUCAGACAGACAAUUUGAUAAAGUGCAGCAGACAGACCUGACACUUAAAGAUUCUUCUGCAUGCUUUGAGCACACAGCUGGCAGUUUACCUUCGGUCUCAGAAGGGCAGUGGGCAUUGGAUGCAUUAAGGAACUUGGGCCUGCUGAAGCAGUUGUUGGUGCAGCAGCUCGGCUUCGCUGAGAAGGGCCCCCACGAAGACUGGCAGCGCUUUCCCAGGUUCAGGACCGUUUCUCAAGAAGCCCAAACUGAAAGUGGGAACGAGCCUGGACUGCAGCACUCUGACAACAACAAACUUCAUCAGCCCGGAGCAGACAGAACGCUGCCAAGAGCCGGCACUGACGGAGCCGCAGCCGGUUAUGGCCUCCGGACUUCCGCUGAAUCGCCAGCUUCAGGGGAUGCCAUGCAGCUGGUGGGGAGGGAGCCCAGACCGGGCAGUACCUUGGCAAUAGACCACAUGGGUCUGAACCUGGAGAUGGCAACCCCAGAGCUGGAAGGGGUGGGUGCUGAUGAAAGUGGGGAGCAUUUCUUUGACGCUCGAGAAGCUCACAGCGAUGAAAAUCCCUCUGAAAGCGAACUGAUGGAAAGGAAAGAGGAAGAGGAUGUGCAAAUCCGGAUCUCAGGAAAUUACUUGAUCCUUGAUGGGUAUGGAACGGUGCAGGAGAGCUCCACAGACGAGGAGGUGUCAUCUCUCGUUCUCCAGUGCACCACAGGUGGCCACAGCUCUUUGGACUCUGCCCAGCAGCAGCCACUUUCCCCACGGGACACCCAAUCUGAUGGAGGAAGCUCCCCUUUUGCUGAGGAGAUGAUGGCCUCACGCUGGGGUGGGGUGGAAGAGUCCUGCUCCUUCACUGCAAGCCCUCCCUUCUCUCUAGAGUCACGCCUGCAGAUGAUGCAGUACAUCCAGAAGAUAGAGGAUGACCUUGAAAAGUUAAAGGAGGUGGAGGAAGACUACACCAUUCUCCGACGCCAAGGGCUGGCUGGCUCAGCCUCCACGGGAGAGCACUCAGACUAAAGCUGGUCAGGUUUUCAGGAGUGGCUGAAGAUUGGAUGAAGGACACAGCUUCCUGCUGUCUUCCUCCUGGACUCUGAGCUGAGAGGGUUUGGCUCAUCCAAACACGACCCAUACUUUAUUCUGCUUCUCUCCUUGCUACCAGAAAUUCUUUUCAGAACAGAAAGAAACAAAACAAAACAAAACAAAAACCAUGGAAAAAAAAAAACCAAACCAAACCAAAUGUACAGAGCUUUGGGUGUAGGAUAUAAAAAUGUUAUUUAGACAUUAAAGAAGAAAAAAAAUCAAUGUAUUUAUUUGACUUCAUUCCGUGUAUCAAAAGCACAUUUUAAUUUUUUAAUCUGCCUUUUCAUUGUUGUUGUUGUUCUGUUUUAAUUGGGUAGUGACAGUUCUAGCCCUCUGCAUACAGGACAGCCUUGCCUGCCCCUCUGCUCCUGAACCAAAGGGCAGGUCUGAGGGGAGAGGGUGUCCCUCGAACCCUGUGCAGCUGGAUCUUGACUUCACUGGACUGGACUCUGCACUCCCUGCUGGCACUCAAACUGCCACGUGAAGAGCUGCUUGUGAAGGUGGUAGGAUGGCUUGUGGCUGGAAUCAUCUGUGUUCAGAGACUGCAUGGCAACUGCUCCUGUCCCCACAUCUGGAACCAGAGUUUUCCAUGCACUAAAUUGCCAGGCACUUGAGAUGGGUAAAUUUUCCUUCUCCUCUCCCAUUUGGAGUCUCCUUUGUUGAUGUGCAAGAUGAGACUGGGAGAGGAGAAAGAUAGGUUGUUUUUUUUCCUUGACUUUGUUGGCUUUGAUCAUUGUCUCCUUUUGUAAAGUGAUGACAAUACUUGGACCUGCAGCACUUUUUGUAACUCUCCUCUGGAUCAAAAAGAGAAAAAAAACCUAAACCAACUAAAACCAAAAAAUGCAACCCCAGAA